UGGCGCGCUACUGCAAUCAAAAAGCUACUCUGGUGACCACGUUGAACUAUAUAACACAUUUUCACCGCGAACUCACCCUUUGUGAUAAUGUCGGCAGAUUAUGAAGAGAGACCCAGAGACAAUGGCCCCGAGGGCAUGGAGCCGGAAGGAGUCAUUGAGAGCAACUGGAACGAGAUCGUGGACAGCUUUGAUGACAUGAACCUGCGUGAGACUUUGCUUAGAGGAAUCUACGCCUAUGGUUUUGAGAAGCCCUCUGCCAUUCAGCAGCGGGCCAUUCUCCCUUGUAUCAAGGGGUAUGAUGUGAUUGCACAGGCACAGUCAGGCACAGGGAAGACCGCCACCUUCGCCAUCUCGAUCCUACAGCAGAUCGACACUGAGCUGAAGGGCACGCAGGCUCUAGUCCUGGCCCCCACCAGAGAGUUGGCUCAGCAGAUUCAGAAGGUGAUUCUGGCCCUGGGUGACUACAUGGGCGCGUCGUGCCAUGCCUGCAUCGGGGGAACCAACGUGCGGAACGAGGUGCAGAAGCUGCAGGCGGAGGCACCCAACAUAGUGGUGGGGACCCCAGGCCGCGUCUUCGACAUGCUUAACCGCAAGUUCCUCUCUGCCAAGUAUAUUAAGAUGUUUGUGCUGGAUGAGGCUGAUGAGAUGCUGAGCAGAGGGUUCAAGGACCAGAUCUACGAGAUCUUCCAGAAGCUGGCCACGAACACGCAGGUGGUGCUGUUGUCUGCCACAAUGCCCCUCGAUGUGCUAGAGGUCACCAAGAAGUUCAUGCGAGAGCCUGUGCGCAUCCUGGUGAAGAAGGAAGAGCUGACGCUGGAGGGUAUUCGCCAGUUCUACAUCAACGUGGAGAAAGAGGAGUGGAAGCUGGACACCCUGUGUGACCUGUACGAGACCCUGACCAUCACUCAGGCCGUCAUCUUCAUCAACACCCGGCGGAAGGUCGACUGGCUGACCGAGAAGAUGCACGCCAGAGACUUCACCGUCUCUGCCUUGCACGGAGACAUGGACCAGAAGGAGCGCGACCUGAUCAUGAGGGAGUUCCGCUCAGGGUCCAGCAGAGUCCUCAUCACCACUGACCUGCUGGCCAGAGGAAUUGAUGUACAGCAGGUGUCCCUGGUCAUCAAUUACGACCUUCCUACCAACCGUGAAAACUACAUUCACAGGAUUGGCCGAGGGGGUCGUUUCGGCAGAAAAGGGGUGGCCAUCAACAUGGUGACUGAAGACGACAAACGCACACUUCGUGACAUCGAGAGCUUCUACAACACCACCGUGGAGGAGAUGCCCAUGAACGUGGCCGACCUGAUCUAGAAAUGUCCACUGAACCCCCUCACAGGAGAUCACGCUCUUGUCCCCCACCCCACCAGACACAAGCAUCCUUUAACCUCUCCAAAGACCUCCUCCCUUCUCCAAAUUUGUGCUUUGAUGCAAAUGCAGAAGCCAUAAAUGUCCCCCUUGGGACUGUGGAUUCUAUUACACGCUGCUGCCGUUGAAUAAAAUCCACAGUUCUCUAGGCUGGCAUCAGAACCUGGCCAGUGUGUUCAUCCAUUAUUCAUUUAGUCACCUUGCCUUUCCAGGAUAUAUUUUUUCUCUCUCCUGAAACUCUUAAUCUCCGCCACCCCCUUCCUACGCAUUAAUAUUCCGGAAUUUUCAGCACCCGUUGGAGCACUUUGAGCCUCCAGGUGGUGCAAAGAAAAUGGACGCCCUUAUAGGCCAGUAAAAGUGGCAUCACAUCCCCCAUAAUGGCUCCAUGAUGGCCGCUCUUCAGUGGUUCCACUGCCCUUCGUUUUCUCUGACUUCCCCAACACUGGUGUGUUACUGUUGCAACUGUCUGGGGGUGUUGUAAUGGAGGGGAAAAAUGGGGUCAUUGCACAAUUUUUUUUUUUUCAAUAUACAUUAUUACAUAUGAAUGUUUUUACAGUAUUCAAUAAAUGAUUUAAAAAAAUGAA